AUGGAUUACUUGGGCUCGGUCCUUAGAGGCUCAUGGGACAACCAAACACGAGUGAGUGGCUUCACCCUGCUGGGCCUGUCGAGUGACUGGCACACUCAGGUCGCCCUCUUCAUCCUGUUCCUGGCCAUGUAUCUCCUGACUGUGGCGGGAAACUUCCUCAUCCUCGUCCUCAUCGGGCUGGACAGCAGGCUCCACACGCCCAUGUACUUUUUCCUCAGCGUCCUGUCGCUUGUGGACAUCUCUUACACCAACAGCACCGUCCCACAGAUGCUCUCUCACUUCCUGUCAUCCCGGAAGUCCAUCUCCUUCCGCAGCUGUGUGCUCCAGCUCUUCGUCUCCCUAGCCAUGGGCAGCACAGAGUUCUUCCUGCUGGGCACCAUGGCCUAUGACCGCUACGUGGCCGUGUGCCACCCACUGCGCUACAGAAUCAUCAUGCAUGGAGGGCUGUGCCUUGGCCUGGCUGCUGGCUGCCUGGUGGCCGGCUUCACGAAUUCGCUGAUGCAGACAAUCUUUAUCUUCCAGUUACCGCUGUGUCACAGCGUCAUUAAUCACUUUGCCUGUGAGAUGCUGGCCGUGCUGAGGCUGGCCUGUGUGGACAUCUCCUUUAACAAGGUCAUGGUGGCCCUCUCAGGAUUCCUGGUGAUCAUGCUGCCCUGUGUUCUGGUCCUGUUCUCUUACGCUCGCAUCGUUGCCGCCAUCCUUCACAUUCGCUCUUCUCAGGGACGCAGCAAAGCCUUUGGGACCUGCACCUCCCACCUCACCGUGGUGUCCUUGUGCUUCGGCACAGCCAUCUUCACCUACAUGAGACCCGUGGGUGGCUCCGCCGCACAGCAGGAGAAGAUGGUUGCCCUCUUCUACGCCAUAGUGACCCCAAUGCUUAAUCCCUUAAUCUACAGUUUGAGGAACAAGGAUGUGAUCGGUGCCUUACAGAAAGUAUUAGGAAAGUUCAGUAAAACAGGAUAA